AUGCAAGGGCAGAGAGGUACAGUUGGUUCAAUGCCAGAAACUUUAGAAUUUGACUGUGGCUCUACACCAGGUAAUUCGACUAUGGAUCAGCAGAUUUGCUGGAAUAAUGUGAAUCCUGCAGAAAAUCAAAUACCUGAUUAUAUACUUUCUCCUGGUGAUAUGAACUCACCUUAUGUGAAUCCUAUCAAUGGAUGGCAAAAUUUGGGUGGAUGGAGCUUAGGGGAGCCCAGUUCUAGCAAUACACCAAAUGAGAUUAACAAUAAUGAGCAAAAAAGAGAACUUGGAUGGACAUCAACCACUACUGCUGGUACAAGACUGGAAGAAAGGCGCCUUGAACCAACCAAUACUUUUUCACUAGACAAUGAUAAUGCAAGUCCUAUGUACAUGCGCAGCCCCAAUUCUCGCUUGAUGUCCCAGAAUCUCAACUUAAAUGCAGGUUUAGCGGACAGUGGCAGUGAUAAUAGUCAACAUCUGGAGCUCCCUAACUUACAUAUGUCUAGUGGGUCAGCAAAUGAGUGCUUACCAUCUAAUGUUGGGUCUGGUUCUUUUUUGCUUCCUUCGGCAAAUAAUGGCUUCCUGGUAGAAGAUUCUGAUGGUAGGCCAGGUUCUCUUGAUACUCGACGUGUCUCUUGCAAAAGAAAGGCUGUUGAAGGAAAUAAUGGACAAUCUUCAGAUGCUGGAAGUUCUAGCUACAAUCAGCAUACAGAUGGUAGUGCUUGGCAUGACAUUCCUGGUCAGGAUAAUGCUGGAAGCAGUUCAAACAGACCUGUUUCCUCAGAACAGGUAAAUGCAAGACUUGGCCUGGCAAUGCAGGAUGAAGCAUGUGAAACUGCUCGUAAUUCACAAAUUGCAGAAAACUUUCGCAGGAAUUUCCGAUUGAGGUUAAAUCCUUCUAAUCAACAAAAUUCUGUUCCUCCCACUGCAUUUUCAACUGGGGGCAUGAUUAGGCCGUCUGGUGUUUCUUCAUCCUCUCAAGCAUCACAAAGGUUUCAUUCUGUUGAUAAUUCUCUGAACUUGAGGUCAGCUCCACCAGUAGAUAACGUGGUUCCUCAAAGCCAGCCACUUGUAAUCCAUGUUCCUGCUUUGCCUAGGAAUAGGCAAUCUUUUAGAUGGAGUGGUGGCUCUAGCUCAAGAAAUAUCCAUUCAUCAAACCCAAUUAUAUGUGCAGACAGAGACCAAGAGGAUGCAAGCUCAGGAAGAAUGUCUAGAAAUAUUUUAGAACAUCCAGUUGUUGUACCUCCAACUGAUUUAAGAAAUUUGGUUCAAAAUCCAACAGUUAGAGCUUCAAGUUCAAGCAGUGAAAAUUUAAGCAUUCCAGGAAAUGUUGCAUCUUCAUCACAGGCUGGAUCCAAUCCAGCUACCAACCCCUCAUCUGCCUCAACAUGGGUUUCUCGUCCCAAUCCUCCACAACAUCCGCGGAGGCUAUCUGAAUAUGUCCGUCGGUCCUUGUUUUCUCCUGGUUCUGAUGCUAUUGGAAAUCCAAACAAUACUUAUUCUUCCUUUCGCUCUAGUCUUUCUACAUCUGAACCAAGGGCGUUAUCAUCUGGGACUGGGGCAAAUCCACGAUCAUCUUCAUGGAUGGAGAGGCAAGGAGACAAUGAAUUUGGAAUUCCUUAUUCACUACGUGCAUUGGAUUUUGCAAGUGAAGGAAGUAGUAGACUAGUAUCUGAGCUCCGCAAUGUUUUGGGCCUUAUGCGAAGAGGUGGGAAUGUGCGGUUUGAGGUUAGUCAUUCUAAAUUAAUGGCGGAUAAUGGCUUCAAAGAUGGUUCCUUUCUCAUUGAUUACAGAGAGGAUUGGGUUGCCUUCAUUGCACACUCAGAUUUAGACCUGUUUGACACUAUUCGUGCAUCUGUCAGUUUUGAUGAGCCUGUGGAGGUAGAAGGCUCAAGGCCUUGGAAGGUUUAUGAUAGGAAGAAAAAAGAAACAGCCCAAGACUGGCAAGAUGUUGUGAUCCUUGAUCAUCAGUCGUUUCUUUCUGGAAUAGCUGAUGUUCAUGAUCGACACAGGGAUAUGCGUCUUGAUGUUGAUAACAUGUCUUACGAGGAGUUGUUGGCUCUGGAAGAGCGCAUUGGGAAUGUGAGUACUGGAUUGAGUGAAGAAACCGUAUUGAAACUCUUGAAACAGAAAAAGCACGCGGUUGAAAAAGAAUCUCAGAUUGAUGCUGAACCCUGUUGUGUUUGUCAGGAGGAUUAUGGUGAUGGAGAUGAUAUUGGAACGCUUGAUUGCGGCCAUGAUUUCCAUAGCGACUGUAUCAAACAGUGGCUAAUGCAUAAGAAUCUGUGUCCUAUUUGCAAGACAACAGGCUUGGCAACAUGA